UUUAUAUCAAUUUUUGUGAGAACAAAUUCCACUUCAUAUCAGACCGCCAGGAAAGGAGCAAAUGGACUCAUUUAUGUUCAUUUAUGCUUGAAAGGUGCUCAGAGUCCACCCUACCCAAAUUCCAAACCUGGCAGAGACUGCUCGUAUAUUCAAAUUUAACCAUAGAGCAUGGAGUAUUUGAUUCGAUUCGCACAAGUCCACGAGUCGUUUCGGAAGCCCGAGAUUGAAGCUCUCGCGGCGCUUGUUGGGACUAAUGUCGAAUUCUUAGCAUACACAGAGAAUACACCUUUUGCCGUCGUUAAACUUCAAGAUGAAGCCGCUGCAAGAGCAGUCAUAUGUCGCAGUAUCCUUGCAAAGGGCAUAUAUGAGAUCUGGGGCCAUGGCAAAACAUAUGAAGAGCUCCAUAUGGACAUCCGUAACCGGACUGAAGCGCGAUGGAACAACUUCAAAAGCAAAUCAUUCAAGUUCUCCGUAGACUCAUAUGCUGGAAAACGCUCCGCAAAUGAGAAAACUCAAAUAAUCCAUUCAUUCGCCUACAUGGGUUUCCAAGGCCCAAUCCGUAUGACCGACCCGGACGAGGAGUUUUGCAUAUUCGAGGAAUACCCCUGUCGCCCAAUCAAACCAGGGGAAGCUCGCCCUGAUCCGAAUUUCGUCCAUUUCGGUAGAUGGAUUGCAUGUGGGAGCAGAGAUGUUAUAGAUAAAUACGACUUGAAGAAACGAAACUAUAUCAGCACCACGUCAAUGGAUGCCGAGUUGACGCUGGUCACGGCAAACAUGGCACUAGCAGCGCCAGGAAAGGUGUUCUUUGACCCCUUUGUGGGGACUGGGAGCUUCUGUGUUGCUAUGGCGCAUUUUGGAACCCAUUCAUUGGGUUCUGAUAUUGACGGGCGCAGCUUCAGUGGUAAGGAUAGGAAGAAGGGCAAAUCGAUAGGUCUCGUCUCGAACCUUGAACAAUACGGCAUACAACAAUAUUACUUGGAUGCAUUUGUUUCAGACCUGACCAACUCGCCAAUCAGGCCGACACCAUUUCUGGACGGCAUUAUCUGCGACCCUCCGUAUGGCGUUCGAGAAGGUUUGAAAGUUCUAGGGAGCAGGGAUGGUAAAAAGCAAGAGCCUUUUUUCUUAGAUGGUGUCCCGAGUCAUAGUCUGGACGGGUACAUCGCGCCCAAGAAGCCCUACAGCUUCGACGCAAUGCUAGACGAUAUCCUCGAUUUUGCUGCCCGCACCCUUGUCCAAGACGGGAGACUUUCUCUUUGGAUGCCCACUGCCAAUGAAGAUGAUGUCGAGCUUAAAAUCCCCAGCCAUCCCCGGCUAGAACUUGUGAGUGUCUGCGUACAACCUUUUGGCCACUGGUCCCGCCGUUUACUUACGUACCGCCUCCUACCUGAUGGGGAAUUUUCAUCGUCUGAACCACGACGCCAAAGAGAGGAGAUAAAUGGUGUGAACGCUGAUGAUCUGAAUGCUUUUCGAAGAAAGUACUUUACCAAAUCCAAGCCGUCUCCCACGGACAGCCCUGAUAACAAAACACCACAAUGAAGAAGAUGAUCGAAAAAUCAGUCCACGUAAAUUCUAUAAGCGCAUGUCUUAUCAGUCCGAAUACAAGCGGAAAGGGGGAAUGUUGCGCAAAAAUAUAAGGGCACGAGAAAACAUCCAACAAUCCUUCCCAAAAAGACUUCAGCAACCAUAGAACCCACUACUCAAAAUACCACACCUCGACAACGAAAAGCAACGCCUUCCUCACCCAUCGAAUCCAAACACCACCUACGAUCACAAUUUCUCCAGCCCUCUCCUUUUCCCUUUAGAUUGCUCGAAUUCUCCAUCGAGAUCUAAAUCGAUACCUUCAGCUUCCUUAACCCUGGCAACCUCUCUCACCAACUCAGCCCGCAAUUGAGCUACCGUUUCCUGCGCCUCGUCAUCGUCAAGCUCGUCUCGUUGGCCGCGCCCAAACAUCAACCAGCCUCCCUUUGUGGGAGUAUUCGUAUCCAGAGGUGGCCGUGGGAUGAUAUGGAAAUGAACAUGAGGCACCGUUUGUGAUGCUCUCGGACCUGUUUUUGGAGUUCAACUCCUCCAGGGGCGAGGAGUGGGAUGUGUGAGAAAAGUAACCGUCAUGGCAAUUAAUUUGCAAGGCAUGCAAAAAAUAUAUAGAGAAGAGCUUAUGAAUAUUGAAAUACAUGGAAGGAAUUGCAAAGUACAUAAUGCCUUAUGAUGUAAUUUUAAAAGGAAACAGGAGGCAGCAGAGGCUAACAUACCAUUAUUCUGCACAACAUUCCACUGCGCCGGAUCUUCGCCGCGCGAAUCUAAGUCCGUGCCCAGCACCGUCCUAGUCACCACUCGAGAAAGUAUCGGGAGCCAUUUACCAAGCUAUAUGUUAAAUUCAUUCCAAUCAGUAUAUAGAAAUCAACACCAACCAUAGUUCUCGUGCUAGUAAUCAAAUUUAAACCCCCCAACCCAAUUCUCCCAAUUCUCCCAAUUCUCCUGUAAUCAGGGACCAAUAUUUCUGAACUUUAAAAUAAAAUGCUAAUACACAAGUAAAUAAGCAAUCACCAGCACAUGACCUCUCGUCAGGGGCAUAAUGUCAAGAAACGCCAGCACAUGCUUCGUCGAGAGAAAGAGGUGUGCUUGGGGCGAUGGGGAGCCAGCAUCGUCUCUCUUAGUCGCAGGUGGAUUGAUCGGUACAUCCCGACGGGAGGGUGGAGAAGGGGGAUGAGCGGCUGCUAUAGCGCAGAAGGGGCAUGUUGGUGAGCUGGGAGGCUUGGGUUUGGGGGAUUUUUUAACACGCUUCUUGAGGGAUGGGGGUGGCCAGAUGGUUGCUGGAGGUGCCAUUGUAUUUCGAAGAGCUGGGUUCGUCCCACCUUUCCGAUUUAUAUGGAUUCGUGUCCCUGUUGAUAUGCGUCGAUACCUCAAAAAUGGCCCGGUGCAAAUUGUUGGAGAGGAUACUAUAGUUAGUUAUAUAUAAAUAUAUAUAUUUACCCCGGAACUUCAAUCGUGGAGAGAACAAGAAACAAGGACGGUAAAGCGAACCCAGAGAAAACUACACGGAACAAUACUCGAGGUCUACAACCGGAGAAAUUAAAAGAGGACAGAUAAUUCUCUCGAGCUCAGAAUCUGACACCGGAAUAUGAAUAUGCUGGAGAGACCUGGUUACCACCUCCUCCCUCCCUCCCCCUGCGGGCUGGAGGUUCCUGACCAACCCACCCAGCUCUGCGAAGCCGAGGCCCGCCAGCUUUGGAAAGUCGCGCUAGCGGCUAAAUACCUUAUCAUAACCACGGCUCUCGUAACGCUCACCUUACAACAA